AUGAGCUUGCUGUUCUUGCCCUUCUUUGAGAGCAACUUCGAGCUUCCUGAGUUGGACACGACUAUUGUUGUCGGGAUCUGUGCAACCGGGAUUUUGGUCUUCGAGCUGCUUCUGACGGAGCUGACGUCCCCCCUCACAGUGUCUGUCUUGGGGGUGAUGCACAACGUUGUUAUAGUUCUCUUCUUCACGCUCCUCGGGGAGAGGAUGAGCACUGGUCAGGCCACAGCUAUGAUUGUAGCGGAAGAUAGUCAUUUGAUUGUCAGCCUGUUGUGUGUAUCCCUGCCUUGGCAGUUGCUUGCGCUCGAGUGCGCUUAA